CCUGUUUACUUUUAGAUGUCACUUCCACUAAAACGACUUGUGGCGAUAGAAUACUCUGAAGACAGGCUUACAGAUCUCGCAAGGAACAGAUUGUCUAACCAGGCAUGGAUAAUUAAUGAUAUCUUAUGCCAGUGGCUAGAAGCCGAUCUCCAUGGCAAGAGCUCAGAUACUGCAAACAGAACCUCAGGAGAGAACUUUGACCAGAGCCCCUUAAGAAGAACUUUCAAGUCCAAAGUUUUGGCACACUACCCUCAGAAUAUAGAAUGGAACCCCUUUGAUCAAGAUGCCGUAAACAUGCUGUGUAUGCCUAAAGGGCUAUCUUUCAGGACACAGACUGACAAUAGAGACCCGCAGUUCCACUCAUUUAUAAUUACCAGGGAAGAUGGUUCUCGUACUUACGGAUUUGUGCUCACGUUCUAUGAGGAGGUCACAAGCAAGCAAAUUUGCACAGCCAUGCAAACGCUUUACCAAAUGCACAAUGCAGAGCAAUACAGCAGUGUCUAUGCUUCGUCGUCUUGCAGCAUGGACUCCCUGGCAAGCAGCAUUGAUGAAGGAGAUGCCACUUCCCUGGCUAAGCUCCAGCAGUACAACUCGUAUGACAUAAGCAGAGACACAUUAUACGUGUCCAAAUGUAUAUGUCUCAUCGCUCCUCUGCCCUUCAUGCAGGCAUCCAAGAAGUUCCUUAUCCAGCUGUACAAGGCAGUUACCUCUCAGCAACCCCCACCUUUACCUCUGGAGAGCUAUAUCCAUAACAUUCUUUAUGAAGUACCCCUCCCACCUCCAGGGCGGUCCCUAAAGUUCUAUGGGGUGUAUGAGCCUAUCGUUUGCCAGAGACCUGGACCCAAUGAACUUCCUCUAUCUGAUUACCCCCUUCGAGAGGCCUUUGAGCUGCUUGGACUGGAAAACCUUGUCCAGAUUUUCACAUGUGUUCUCCUGGAGAUGCAAAUUCUUCUGUAUUCACAAGAUUAUCAGCGUCUAAUGACAGUAGCUGAGGGAAUCACCACACUGUUGUUCCCAUUUCAGUGGCAACAUGUAUAUGUUCCCAUCCUUCCUGCCUCCCUCCUGCAUUUUCUUGAUGCUCCUGUCCCUUACCUGAUGGGUCUUCAGUCCAAAGAGGGAACUGACCGUUCAAAACUAGAACUUCCUCAAGAGGCUAACUUGUGCUUUGUGGAUAUUGAUAAUCAUUUCAUCGAGCUUCCAGAAGAACUCCCCCAGUUCCCGAACAAACUGGAGUUUAUUCAGGAAAUCUCCGAGGUUCUCCUUCAGUUUGGAAUCCCUCCGGAGGGUAACCUACACUGUAGCGAGAGUGCCACCAAACUCAAGAAUCUUGUCCUUAAUGACUUGGUUAAUGACAAGAAGAAUGGAAAUAUACCCAGCAACACAAUCCACAUGUAUGAAUUGCUGAAAGGCAAUGAAACGAUCGCCCGGCUGCAUGCUCUAGCAAAGAGGACAGGAGUGACGGUAGACAAAAUGACCAUCACAGCUCCUAUGGCAGAGAAAGAAAGGAAUGUAAAACUACAGUGUGAAGAAGAGGAGCUAAGGGAUUAUAAACUAAAUGUGCAGCUUCGUGAAGUCUUUGCCAACCGUUUCACUCAGAUGUUUGCAGAUUAUGAGGCCUUCGUCAUUCAAGCCGCACAGGAUAUGGAGUCAUGGCUGACAAACAGGGAACAGAUGCAAAACUUCGACAAAGCUUCUUUUCUGUCGGACCAGCCUGAGCCUUACCUGCCAUUCCUCUCACACUUCAUUGAAACCCAGAUGUUUGCAACCUUCAUAGAUAAUAAGAUUAUGUCCCAAUGGGAAGAGAAGGACCCUUUUCUGCGCGUGUUUGACUCCAGAAUUGAGAAAAUUAGACUGUAUAACGUAAGGGUUCCUGCACUGCGGACAUCUAUAUACCAGAAAUGCGGCACUUUAAAAGAAGCAGCCCAAUCCAUUGAACAGCGGCUAAUGAAGAUUGAUCACACUGCCCUUCACCCACACUUACUUGAUAUGAAAAUCGGUCAAGGCAAAUAUGAACAAGGGUUCUUCCCAAAGUUGCAAUCAGAUGUGCUGGCAACAGGACCUACCAAUAACAAUCGGUGGGCUAAUCGAAGUGCCACAGCACAGCGCAGGAAAGAUCGCCUUAGACAACAUUCAGAACAUAUUGGACUGGACAAUGAUUUAAGAGAGAAAUACAUGCAGGAGGCAAGAAGUUUGGGGAAAAAUUUAAGGCAACCCAAACUCUCAGACCUUUCUCCAGCUGUAAUUGCUCAGACAAACUGGAAAUUUGUGGAAGGGUUACUAAAAGAAUGUCGCAUGAAGACUAAGCGUAUGUUGGUAGAGAAGAUGGGUCAUGAAGCAGUAGAGCUGGGACAUGGAGAGGCCAACAUAACAGGUCUAGAGGAAAAUACAUUGAUUGCUAGUCUUUGUGAUCUGUUGGAAAGGAUCUGGAGCCAUGGUCUACAAGUCAAACAGGGGAAAUCUGCAUUGUGGUCCCAUUUACUUCAGUACCAGGAAAGGGAAGAGAAGCAAGAACAUAUGGCAGAGUCCCCAGUUGCCCUUGGCCCGGAAAGAAGGAAGUCUGACACAGGAAUUACCUUACCUACAUUGAGAGUCUCACUUAUCCAUGAUAUGAGGCAUAUUCAGAACAUGAGUGAGAUAAAGACUGAUGUAGGCCGAGCACGAGCAUGGAUAAGGUUGUCUCUUGAAAAGAAGCUUUUAUCUCAGCACCUAAAGCAGCUUCUCUCCAACCAAGCACUCGCUAAGAAGCUUUAUAAGCGUUACGCUUUCCUACGCUGUGAAGAAGAACGAGAGCAGUUCCUCUAUCACCUGCUUUCACUCAAUGCUGUGGAUUACUUCUGCUUCACGAGCGUCUUCACCACAAUCAUGAUUCCAUACAGGAGUGUGAUAAUCCCUAUCAAAAAACUAAGCAAUGCCAUCACCACAUCAAACCCAUGGAUUUGUGUUUCAGGAGAGCUAGGAGAUACAGGAAUAAUGCAGAUCCCUAAAAAUCUCCUAGAAAUGACAUUUGAGUGCCAGAAUUUAGGAAAGUUAACAACCGUUCAGAUUGGUCAUGACAAUUCAGGGUUAUUAGCCAAGUGGCUGGUAGAUUGCGUCAUGGUGAGAAAUGAAAUUACAGGACACACAUACAAGUUCCCGUGUGGACGAUGGCUGGGGAAGGGAGUUGAUGAUGGCAGUCUGGAGAGAAUUCUUAUUGGAGAACUGAUAACUUCAACGUCAGAUGAUGAUCUUGGGAAGCAGUGCCGUACCCCCCCUCUACAGAAAUCCCCAACCACAGCUCGCAGACUGAGCAUCACCUCCCUUACAGGAAAGAAUACAAAACCUAAUGCAGGGCAGAUCCAAGAGGGAAUUGGGGAAGCUGUGAACAAUAUUGUGAAACAUUUUCACAAGCCAGAGAAAGAGAGGGGCAGCCUUACUGUUCUACUGUGUGGUGAAAAUGGCCUGGUUGCAGCACUGGAGCAGGUCUUUCACCAUGGAUUUAAAUCAGCUCGGAUCUUCCACAAGAACAUAUUCAUCUGGGAUUUCAUAGAGAAAGCUGUUGCUUACUUUGAAACCACUGACCAGUUUGGGGACAAUGAAGAGGAUGUCUUGCUUCAGAGAUCAUCUUGCAAAACAUUCUGUCACUAUGUAAAUGCUGUCAGUUCUGCACCAAGGAACAUUGGGAAGGAUGGCAAAUUCCAGAUCCUGGUUUGCCUGGGAACUAGGGAUCAUUUGCUUCCUCAGUGGAUUCCAUUAUUAGCAGAGUGUCCUGCCAUCACAAGGAUGUAUGAGGAGAAUGCCCUUCUGCGGGACCGCAUGACAGUGAAUUCCCUCCUCAGAGUCCUACAGACAUUACAAGAUUUCAACAUCAUCCUAGAAGGGUCACUCAUUAAAGGCGUGGAUGUUUAGCAUGGCUUUGAAGAGAACUUCACUAUUUCUCUGCUCAGCAAGCAAAUGAAAAUUGGGGACCUGUUAGAACUUGAAUGCUGCGGUAGUGGAUCACUGUAAAGCAAAAGCACCCUGUUAUUGGGUAGCAGUGGGAAACCCAGUUUACACCAGAUUCUGGACUGUCCUAAAGCUGCAGACAAGCUAAAAUGCGGUAUUGUAGUUUAUUUGAAACAGAAUAAAAAUAGAGUAUUUUCA